AUGAAAGAUCCUUUCUUUCUCGAGCCACUGCCAUGGCUCGUCAAGGCGACUCAGCCCUUUGCUGACUACUUCUCGCUGCCGACACUGCCGAUCCACAUCCACGAAGUUCUCGCCUCAGCCCUUCUCUACUCGGUCAUUUACUACCCCGUGUCUCCGUUACUGUCGCGAUUGAUAGUGGGCCGCAAAUACCUCGAUCUACCCCGUAAGAGACGCAUAAACUGGGACGCCCAUGUCGUCUCUCUUGUCCAGAGCCUUCUCAUCAAUGGCUUGGCCCUCUGGGUCAUGUUGGUUGAUGAGGAGCGUAGCACGAUGGAUUGGCAAGCCCGCAUGUGGGGAUACACUGGUGCUGCCGGUAUGAUCCAGGGCCUUGCCGCUGGCUACUUCCUGUGGGAUUUGGUCGUCACGAGUCUCAACAUGGAUGUCUUUGGACUCGGCACUUUGGCUCAUGCUGUCAGCGCCCUGUUUGUCUUCUCUCUUGGAUUCCGACCCUUUCUCAACUACUAUGGCUGCAUCUUCAUCCUAUGGGAGCUAUCCACGCCCUUCCUCAACAUCCACUGGUUCUUUGACAAGCUGGGAAUGACUGGGUCUCGCGCGCAACUCUACAACGGCCUCAUGCUCUUAUUCACGUUCUUCUCCUGCCGCCUCGUAUACGGAACAUACCAGUCCGUCAAGGUCUUUUCGGACAUCUACGCUGCAAUCAAUGCACAUCCCGUCCUGUCCAAAGAGAUUUCUCCGGAAACAGGCGCGGUGCUCGCUCCGACUGGUGUUAUGAGGUUUGCGACGGCGACAUCAACGGUGCCAACUUGGCUAGCCGUGACGUACCUGAUGAGCAAUAUAACUCUCAACAGCUUGAACUUCUACUGGUUCAUCAUGAUGAUUCGCGCGGUUCGGAAGAGAUUCCAGCCGGCGAAGUCAACAGACAAGCAAGCUACGAUCGAGCCCUCUACUGCCAAGGCCACAGCAGCAUCUCCCGCAACUCAAGCCCGUCGGCGCAAGGCAUAG